ACCGGGCGCCGCGGCCCCCACCACCUUCCACUUCGCGGGAGAAGUUGUUGGCGCGAAUGGAUCCCGAGUCCCGGUAACGGAUUCCCCAGCCCACCGGCCUGCCCGCCCGCGCCGUAGUCCGUGGGCUGCGAUGGAUAUUCGGAAAUUCUUUGGGGUUAUACCAAGUGGAAAGAAACUUGUGACUGACACAGUGAAGAAGAAUGAGAAGACAAAGUCUGCUGAAGAAACUUUAAAAGCAAAGAAAGGAAUAAAGGAAAUCAAGGUAAAUAGUUCUUGUAAAGAAGAUGACUCUAAACAGAAGCAACCAAACAAGAAAAAGAGGAUCAUCUAUGAUUCAGAUUCAGAAUCCGAGGAGACAGUGCAGGUAAAAAAUGCCAAAAAGCAACCAGAAAAACCUAAACCUGGUAAAAUUCUACGCCAGGAUCCUGUUACAUACAUUUCAGAAACAGAUGAAGAAGAUGACUUUAUGUGUAAGAAGGCAGCCUCUAAAUCAAAAGAGAAUGGAAGAUCUACAAAUAGUUAUCUUGGAGCAUCGAAUAAGAAAAAGAAUGAAGAAAACACUAAGACCAAGAAUAAGCCUUUAUCACCAAUAAAACUUACCCCCACAUCAGUGCUUGAUUAUUUUGGCACUGGAAGUGUCCAACGAUCAGAUAAGAAGAUGGUAGCAAGCAAAAGAAAAGAGCCUUCACAAAAUGUGGAUGAUUCCAGAUUAAAUGAUGAAGCCAUCGCCAAGCAAUUGCAACUUGAUGAGGAUGCAGAGCUGGAGCGACAGCUGCACGAAGAUGAAGAGUUUGCCAGAACGUUAGCCAUGUUGGAUGAAGAACCAAAGACCAAAAAGGCUCGAAAGGACCCAGAAGAAAGAGAAACAUUGUCAUCUGUCCAAGCCAAUUUAAGUAAAGCAGAAAAACAUAAAUCUCCUCAUAAAGCAAAAACAGAACAAUUUUCAGAUGACAGAAAGAACUGUAGUCCUAAGAAGCAAAGUAAAUGUGAAAGUUUGAAAGGAUCUCAGCAACAUUUGAAGUCCUCACCUCACAAAAUAGGGGAGACUUCUCCAAAAGCCAGUUCCAAGUUGGCCCUUUUGAAAAAAAAAGGAGAGAGUUCUUAUAAAGAAACAGAGCCUAUGGCUUCAAAAAGAAAAGAAAAUGCCAUUGAAUUGAAAGGACAGACAAAAACUCCUAAGAAAUCCAAAAGUUCUCCAGCUAAAAAAGAGUCUAUAAGUCCUGAAGAUUCUGAAAAGAGACGCACUAAUUAUCAAGCUUAUCGAAGCUACUUAAAUCGAGAAGGUCCCAAAGCUUUGGGCUCCAAAGAAAUACCAAAGGGAGCUGAAAAUUGCUUGGAAGGCCUUACAUUUGUAAUCACAGGAGUGCUGGAGUCCAUUGAACGAGAUGAGGCCAAGUCUUUAAUUGAGCGUUACGGGGGAAAAGUAACAGGAAAUGUCAGUAAGAAAACAAACUACCUUGUCAUGGGUCGUGAUAGUGGACAGUCCAAGAGUGAUAAGGCAGCAGCUUUGGGGACAAAUAUUAUUGAUGAAGAUGGCCUAUUGAAUCUGAUUCGAACUAUGCCAGGCAAGAAGUCCAAGUAUGAAAUUGCAGUUGAAGCUGAGAUGAAGAAAGAAAAGUGCAAAUUGGAAAGAACACCCCAAAAAAAUGACCAAGGAAAAAGAAAAAUUAGCCCAACUAAGAAGGAAUCAGAAUCUAAAAAAAGCAGACUGACUCCCAAAAGGGGCAGCUCUAUGAAGUCAAUAAAAAAGGAAACAAGUGCGAUUUGGAGAUCCCUGGACUUCGAGGAGCGGGUGGCUGAGGAGACAAAUGUGGACAGCCGGGCUAGGAAUUUGGCUGAUGACUGCAGUGAAAACAAAGUGGAAAAUUUGCUCUGGGUGGAUAAAUAUAAGCCAACCUCACUCAAGACCAUAAUCGGACAGCAAGGUGACCAGAGCUGUGCCAACAAACUCCUACGCUGGCUCCAAAACUGGCACAAGAGUCCAUCUGAAGAUAAGAAACGCGCAAAGUUUGGUAAGUUUGCUGGCAAAGAUGAUGGCUCUAGUUUCAAAGCGGCACUGCUCUCUGGCCCUCCAGGUGUGGGCAAGACAACCACAGCGUCUCUGGUUUGUCAGGAAUUAGGAUAUAGCUACGUGGAACUGAAUGCAAGUGACACUCGGAGUAAGAACAGUUUGAAGGAGAUUAUUGCUGAAUCACUGAAUAAUACCAGCAUCACGGGCUUUUAUUCAAGUGGAGGUGCCCAUUCAGUAAGCAUGAAACAUGCUGUCAUCAUGGAUGAAGUAGAUGGCAUGGCAGGCAAUGAGGACAGGGGAGGAAUUCAGGAAUUAAUUGGUUUGAUAAAACAUACAAAAAUUCCCAUUAUUUGUAUGUGCAAUGAUAGAAAUCAUCCCAAGAUUCGUUCUUUGGUUCAUUAUUGUUUUGAUCUUCGUUUUCAAAGACCUCGAGUUGAACAGAUUAAGGGUGCUAUGAUGUCUAUUGCAUUUAAAGAGGGUUUAAAGAUCCCCCCUCCAGCUAUGAAUGAAAUAAUUUUGGGAGCCAAUCAAGAUAUCAGACAGGUUUUACACAAUCUGAGUAUGUGGUGUGCACGAAGUAAGGCACUAACCUAUGACCAGGCCAAGGCUGAUUCUCAUAGAGCGAAAAAGGAUAUCAAACUGGGCCCAUUUGAUGUUGCCCGGAAAGUGUUUGCAGCUGGAGAGGAGACUGCUCAUAUGUCGCUUAUGGACAAGUCAGAUCUCUUUUUUCAUGAUUAUUCAAUAGCACCCCUCUUUGUCCAGGAGAACUACGUACAUGUGAAGCCUGUAGCUGCAGGGGGUGACAUGAAAAAGCACUUGAUGCUUUUAAGCAGAGCAGCAGAUAGCAUAUGUGAUGGUGACCUAGUGGACCGUCAGAUCCGGAGUAAGCAAAACUGGAGUCUUCUGCCCACGCAGGCCAUUUAUGCCAGUGUUCUUCCUGGAGAGUUAAUGAGGGGGUACAUGACCCAGUUUCCUACCUUCCCAAGCUGGUUGGGGAAGCACUCAUCUGCCGGCAAACACGAUCGUAUUGUACAGGACCUAGCACAGCACAUGGGUCUCAGAACUUAUUCCAGCAAAAGGACUGUAAACAUGGAUUAUCUGUCACAUAUAAGGGAUGCACUUGUACAGCCCUUGAUCUCCCAAGGGGUAGAAGGAGUACAGGAUGUUAUUGCUCUUAUGGACACAUACUACUUGAUGAAAGAAGACUUUGAGAAUAUCAUGGAAAUUAGCAGCUGGGGAGGCAAACCUAGUCUCUUCUCCAAGUUGGAUCCCAAGGUGAAAGCAGCAUUCACAAGAACCUACAAUAAGGAAGUCCACCUUACUCCAUAUUCACUCCAGGCAGUGAAGACACCCAGACACAGCACAGGCGCAUCACUGGAUUCUGAAUACAGUGAAGAGUUAAAUGAAGAUGACUCUCAAGCUGAUGAGAAAGACCAAGAUUCUAUGGAAACUGAUGCAAUGAUCAAGAAAAAGACAAAAUCUUCAAAGCCUUCAAAAUCAGAAAAAGAUAAGGAGUCCAGAAAAGGAAAAGGAAAAAGUUCAAAGAAAUGAAACUGUUUUUCACUACUGACAGCCACUUUUUACUCACCCUGUUGAUCAGUCUAGCUUGUCUAGAGAAUGCCUUGUUUUUUCCCCAAAGGAACCAUAUUUUAGCAUAAUGGGGCAACUUGGUGGUCCCAUUACAAAUAAAUGGUGGUACUGCUAGAAGGAUGUAACCAGUAGGCUAACAUACACCUCUUAUAGAGGUUGAUAGGACUGCUUGGGUCCUCCACUGUCCCCUGUCAACUAUAUGUGGGCUUUGGAGUCAGAUUUUAGUUAACAAUAAUAUGCCUGGAAACAUUGGUACUAAGGCAACUUUUGUAGGCUUAAGAAUUUAUCCUAAUGGCCUUUAUAGGACCAAUGCUGAUUUUUUUUUUUAAAAAAGGUAGUUACUAUUAUGUGGUGAAAUUUUGUAAAUAAAUCGUAAUACAAAACAGUCACCACCUAGAACUGGGUAUUCUUUGUACAUUGUCAAAUAUCUUACAGAAUAUAAAUGAGAAAUAAAAAUGUUCCACCUGAUACAUGUACAAAUUCUUAAGAAUGUCAUUGUGUACAGUAAAAUAGUAUGUUGGUAUAUUACUUUAUUAGUUUGCAAAUCAUUGGGUAAGAAGGUAACUAUAUUUCUCACUAACCAGCUAUGUGAAAUAGAACUUUGGCAAUUACUUCCCAACUUGAUUACCUCUUUAAGUGCCAGCCAUCUCUCUGUUUGUGAAUAGCAUGUCAUGGGGAGGCCUCUUUGGUAUUACUGGAAGAUAUGGGGGGCUGCAAAAGGAUUGCCACAUUUUUAUCCUUCUAGAGUCUCAACUCAUCAGGUUCAAACCAGUAGGGUCUAAGUUAAUCUCACUCUGGCUUGGGACAAAAUGAACCCUGAUUUUUGUUUGUCUCUGGGAGAUCUGGUUCUGCCCUAUGACAGACUCCACAGACUGGACUAGAGUUUUAGAUUGUACCUGUAACUGUAUUUGUUGAGGAGCUCUGAGGCUGUGGAACUAGCCUGGAAUUUAGUUGUCUAAAUUUUGUCAUUUAAAAAAUUUUGUCAGUAAAUGCUCAGAGGUAUGUGCUAAGAGAAUUAUAAAAUUAGGAUACUAUUUCCUCCCUUUAAGUAAUUGACAGUCUGUUUGGGAGGUGAAACAAAGUUCUUGAGACAUUUAAAGUGUAUUUAAAAAUGUUUUUCAUGCAGACUAAAUUCAUUAUGGGAAUAAAACAUUGCCUUAAGCCUUGCUCCUCUCUUUGUUAAAGCCCAGCUUGAAAUUUGCGCUUCAGUGAAGAUAUCCUUGAUUGACGACUGCCUCACCUUACCUGUGGGGUGAGCAUGGCUUUCUUAUGCAUAUUCUUCCAUUUCUAGUGCUUUUUGUCUGCCUACUUGUUCUUUCCUCCCCAGGAAAGGGAGUAUAUUCUUCUUGCAGCCAGAAAAAUGAAUAGUGUCCUUCCCUUGUUUAUUAUGAUUUUGUUAUUAAUUCUAAGUGCUCUAUGAUUGGCAUAAUCAGUGUAUAAGAUUACUUUUUUUUUUAGAAUUAGAGAUGGUAAAUACGCUCUUUAAAAUAUGAGAUGGCAACAUGGAUCUGCUGGAGCUACUUGAUGCCACACAUCUUUGCAGCAAACUGCAUGCUUCUUUUGAGAUCCAUUGAGGCUUGGCCAUUUUGGAAGCUAUAACAAACUACUGUGCUUUAUCCUUCGUCCCGUUAAGUUUUGGCAGUCCAUUAUUCGGCCUCUUGAAGUUAUUAACAAGGAACAGUGAUUUAUGUACGAGGAGUAGUGUCUUCCUGAAUAAGUUCUGGUGUAAUUAUGCUUAUUAGUGAAUGUUUAAGGCUCAUAACUCCCCAAAUAUAAUGUGCUUUACUCUCACAGA